AUGGAUCAACUCACUUCUCACAUUGAAGUGCUUAAAGCAAAGGUUGAGGAGAAGACAAAGCAUAUUAAAGAUCUACAGACGAAUCUUGGUUCAGUGACAAAUAUCUACUUCAACUUAAAGAACGUUUUGUAUGAUGCAUUCGGAGACAAAGUCAAAGCCCUAUUUCAGCAGCCACACGGAAUCAAGGAUCCUCCCACGGCCCCCACACAGUCUGUUUCUGAUGACCUUCCAGUUGACCUACCAGCUCCUAGAACAACAACAAUUGUCGAUAGAUUUGAAAAGGACCCAGAAUGCAGUAGAGCCCGAAUCAUAAUUAAACAGGGAAAGAAAACCGUAACGACAAACAAAAGUGAAGGUUUACUAUUCAUGAAAAAUUCAAACGAGAAUCGCAGAGCCAAAGACCCUGUUUUAACUGUGACUGAUCUAAAGAAAAGAAAGUUUGGUGACGAGUUCGGAGAUAGAUCAUGA